AUGCCGCCUAAACUCGAAGUUACGGCACUCGAGACGAAGAUAACGCAACUGAAACGAGCGAUUGGGAAGACCGAAACUAUAGUAAACAAUGGAAAAGAACAAGCAAUCGUUAGACAUGUGGAUACUAUUAAAGAAACUCUGUCCGAAGUAAAUAAAUUGAGACGGGAAAUCGAAGCGACAAAAAUCUCUGAUGGUGUAAACGACGAUGAAAUUGACGAAUGGAAUAGCGAAAUCGAAAGCGUCAUGGAAAGCGGUGACGAAGCGAUUGAAAAGUUGCAAGAAUGGCUUAAAACAAAGGAAUCAAGGUUAGAAGAGAUUCAACAAGAGCAAAAAGCUGAACGGGAAAAAUAA